CUACUUAAAAUGGCACCUGCGUCGAUUUGUUUGUGUUGAAUACGUGACAAAUAAAACACAAAAAACAUUUAAUCACCAUCAAUAAAAAUUAAGACGAGUGUUACAUAAUGGGAGUUCCAGCGUUCUUCCGCUGGCUCAGCCGAAAAUAUCCAAGUGUAAUAGUGGAAUGUGUUGAACAAAAGCCAACCGACGUAGAUGGCGAGUUAGUAUAUGUAGAUUCCUCCCUCCCUAAUCCAAAUGGAGUGGAGUUUGACAAUUUAUACCUGGACAUGAAUGGUAUCAUCCAUCCGUGCACCCACCCUGAGGAUAAACCAGCACCAAAAGAUGAGGAUGAGAUGAUGGUUGCCAUCUUUGAAUGCAUUGACAGACUUUUUCGUAUUGUGAGGCCUAGGAAACUGUUGUAUAUGGCUAUAGAUGGAGUGGCUCCAAGAGCUAAAAUGAACCAGCAACGUUCUCGACGUUUCCGUGCGUCCAAAGAAACCCAAGAGAAGAUUGAGGAAGUAGCUCGCAUCCGUAAUGAGCUUCAGGCUAAAGGAGCAUACUUACCACCAGAGAGGCCUAAGGAAGCUCACUUUGAUUCUAAUUGUAUCACACCAGGGACACCGUUCAUGGACAGACUGAGCAAGUGUCUGCAUUAUUACAUACAUGACAGAUUAAAUAAUGACCCCGGGUGGAAAGGUAUUAAGAUUAUAUUAUCUGAUGCAAAUGUUCCUGGAGAAGGAGAACAUAAGAUUAUGGACUACAUUAGGAGACAAAGAGCGCAACCAGACCACGACCCAAACACACAGCAUGUUUUAUGCGGUGCUGAUGCUGAUUUAAUCAUGCUGGGUCUGGCCACUCACGAGCCAAACUUCACUAUCAUCCGUGAGGAGUUCAAGCCGAAUAAACCGAGACCCUGUGAUGUUUGUGGGCAACUUGGUCACGAAAUGAAGGAAUGCACGGGAACGAACCCGGACGCGUCAGUCGUUCGUUCCGAUCCGGCGUUCGGGAACCAGGACAACUUUAUAUUCGUCCGGCUCAGCGUGCUCCGGGAGUAUUUGGAGAGAGAGCUGCAGAUGCCGAACCUUCCGUUUCCGUACGACUUCGAGCGCGCCCUGGACGACUGGGUGUUCAUGUGCUUCUUCGUGGGGAACGACUUCCUGCCGCACCUGCCCAGCCUCGAGAUCCGCGAGGGGGCCGUGGACAGGCUGGUCAACUUGUACAAGAAAUGCGUUUACAAGACCAAGGGCUGGAUAACCGAUUCGGGAGAUGUGGAGCUGGACCGCGUGCAGGUCAUAAUGACGGAGCUGGGUCACGUGGAGGACGAGAUAUUCAAGCGAAGGCAUCAGAACGAGCUGAGCUUCAGAGCGAGGGACAAAGCCAAGAAGAAACAGCAGCGGGUCAACUUCGAGCUGCUGGAGAACACGCAGUUUGCGCCGGAGGCUGUGGGGCGGGGCGCGGCGCCGCUGCGGGACGCGCGCCGGGCCGCCGCCGACCUGCGCGUCGCCGGGAUGCACGCCACCGCACAGAAGGAGGGCGACAGUCGCGGCAGGAAGCGGUCGGCGGCGGCGGCGGGGCUGGACGAGGAGGAGGAGGAAGACGAGGACAAGCACGACGAGGUCCGGCUCUGGGAGGAGGGCUUCAAAGAGAGAUACUAUGAGAGCAAGUUUGAAGUCACCCGGAACAAUCUGGAGUUCAGGUACCGCGUGGCGCUGCAGUACGUGCGGGGCCUGUGCUGGGUUCUCCGGUACUACUACCAGGGCUGCGCGAGCUGGAAGUGGUACUUCCCGUACCACUACGCGCCCUUCGCGUCCGACUUCGUCAACAUAUGCGGCCUGUCCACACAGUUCGAGAAGGGAACUCAACCGUUCCGUCCGCUGGAGCAGCUGAUGGGAGUGUUCCCGGCCGCCAGCGCGCAGCACGUGCCGCGACCCUGGGCGCGCCUCAUGAGUGACCCGUUCUCUCCCAUCAUCGACUUCUAUCCGACGGACUUCAAGAUCGACCUGAACGGCAAGAAGUUCGCGUGGCAGGGCGUCGCCCUUCUGCCCUUCGUCGACGAAAACAGACUCUUCAAAUCCCUGGAGCCCUACUAUAAGGAGCUGACGCAAGCUGAAAUACAACGGAACAUACGAGGCCACGACCGACUCUACGUGUCGACCGGGAAUCAAAGCUACGAAUACAUCCUGGGGCUGUACGAGGAAGCUCAGCAGGACCUCCGGAAGCUCAUCGAGGACAAACAGAAGUACCCCUACCAGUCGGAGGGGGUGAGGGGGAACGUGAUGCUGAGCGCUGACAACGUGCUCAUCGGGGGACAGCUGCCGUCCCCGGUGGUGGGGCUGGCGCCGGUGCUGGGUAACCGCGUGGUGGUGGUGCGGUUCGAGGACCCGCAGUACCCGGACGAGUUCGUGUUCCCGGCGCGGCGGCUGCAGCGCGCCACGGCGCCGCCCCGGGUGCUCAAGCCCGGAGCCCUCGACCAGAGGGAGCACCGGAACUGGAGACCGCAGAUCGGCAUGGUGCGCUCCAACACCGUGGCCAGUCUGGAGUCGGCCGGGCGCAGGAUGCUGGGACAUCAUCUGCCGAGGGAGAGGGCGUACGCCUCGGUGCCGCCCCCGCACAACCCGCAGCGAGAACGCUCGCAGACAUUCGGACCGGCACGAGGCGGCUAUGUACCACACAAUCCUAACCAUUCAUACCAGAACUACAAUCGGUCCGGUAAUUCAAGUCAACCGUACGGAAGCCAGAACCACUCCUACGGGAAUCAGAACCAGUCUUACGGAAACCAGAACCAUCCGAAGCAAGGCUACCAUCAAAACAGAGGUCAAAAUCAGGGCUACAACAGCUCCAACCAGGACUACGGUAACCAAUAUAGCAACAACCCUGGCUACAGUACAGAUUAUAACAAUCAGGGCCAAGGCUACAACAGCUACAGAGGAGGUAAUAAUUAUAGCAGCCAUCAGCAGAAUAAGCAGGGGCAGGGAAGAUGGCAGCAGAGAGGCGGUGGAGGGGCAGGAGGGAGUUGGCGGUAAAACUGCGCAAUUUGCACUCGUGACCAAACGCAAUCAAAGCCCGCCGCGUAUCCAAAGGAUCGGUAGUGGGCGCCUGCCAAACUCUUCAAUUUUUUUGAGAGACUCUUGGACGCAAUAUGACGUGCUCACGAGUGCUCAUCAACUAGGCGUUAACAUUACAUUGAUAUUGUUAACAACCGGAGUGGUCACACGUUAAAGUAAGCAAAAACUAUUCAGGUUCAACGCGCCGUCUCUAAUAUAGAGUGAUACAGAUGGGCAAUCUGCUCAUUGUAAAAUAUAAAUAGUCGGAUUGAGGGCUGAAGUUAAAUACAGUAGAAACAAAAGCUAAAGGCACUGUAUGUAAUUUUUUUAUCUAGAACGAGUCGAAUGUGCUAUGAAACAAGUCAAUUCCAUUUUUAUUGAUUUAAAAACGAUUCACGGACUGUGUUUCACGGUUUUUAGUAUUAUAAAGACCAAUAAUAAUUAUGUUAUAAAAAUUUAAUAUUUACAUAUUUUUUUGUUUAUUAUGCAUUGCUGUUAGAAUGUGACAAACGAAUUGAAUUGUGACAAUGAGUUGUUUCCUGGUGUCUGAGAUUCGAUCGACCGAAAUAGUGUUUCUGUCUACGAUGACUUUUGAUUCUGGAAGCUUGCGGAAGGUUUUACACGUCCGGAAUGAACUUGUGUCCCAAGUAUAGUGGACUUCUGGUUUUCUAGAAAGUGGUGUGGGUAUGAGCCAGGAAGCAACACUUGGGAGCUGGGCCGUGGUUACUCAUGAUACCUUAUUAGCAAUAACUCAGACCUAUCUUAGCUUACCAACCCGAUCAGAGCUAGUUCACAGGAUGUGAGUUGUUCAUUAUUGAAAACACAGACUGAUCGUUUUUCCAAAAUAUAUAUUUUCGUCAUCACACCUAACUUAAGUCUUUGAGUUGGAAAUCGCAAUAAUAUAAACGUGAUAUAUUUUGUCUGUGUGUUGAUUAUCAACUGGCACUGAUCGCUGAUCUUAGUUAAAAAAAAAGAAUGAAGAUAAAAAAUUUUUGAUUGCUAAUAAAUUUUUGG